GCCAGCAGCUCUACCAGCGAGGGAAAUGGAUCUGUACAAUAUUACAUGGCUAGAUCCCUUACUUUGACAGCUCAAGAAACAUUAGCUUGUCGACCAAUGACCACAAAAAAGGCAUAUGUAUCCAAGACCAAUGAAUGUAUAAAGUGGGCAAAUGAAACUUUCACUGAUGAAAACGAGCUGGAAAGAAGCAUUGUAUUGGGCCGUAACUCUCGCCAGAAGUCCAAACUUCCUACAGCCCCAAAAAAAAUUAAAACAUCAACUUUUGAGCAAUAUAUCACAGCAAUCACGGAUCUUUACAAGACCCAAGUUCAAAAAAAGAUCAAUUAUAAUGAGCAUCCAAGAGCAACUGUUUUAGGCUUGAUUAAAAUUUCAAAAAUGAAAGAAUUUGAAGUGUCUCGUGAAAACUGUGAGGAUCGUGGAGAGGGAACUUUAGCUGAUGGUUAUAGUUCUUUGGACCAAGUCUCAAAAAUUGUUCAGUUUUACUUAAAUGGACAACGAAACCACAGAGAGAAUUUACGUAAUGCAUUGGCUUUUUUAUUUUCUCACUACUUUUUGUUGAGAGGAGAAUCGAUUAGAAAUGCCGAAUUGACCGAUUUCCAAACGAUUAACUUGGAUUCUGAAAGUUUUUGACCUGAUAUCAAGUGUCCUGCUUUAGUCAUGAUAUUAAGACAAGAAAAA